AUGAAGUCCCUUCUAAACCCAAAGUUUUCAGCUUUAUCUUCCAAAGCCUCUCAUUUUCCUCUGUUUUCACUACCUUCUCGACCCACAUCUCGGGUAUCUUUCCGCAACACCCCACGUCCAAUCCCCAAUCGUCUUCUCCGCCUCAACCCACCACCCUUUUCGUCCAAUACUUUCACUUGCACCAAUCAAAAUCGAAGGUUGCAAACAGAGCCCUCGCCACCUCCCCCCGGUGAGAUCCACGUCAUAGUGGGGCCCAUGUUCGCCGGAAAAACCACCUCGCUCCUUCGUCGGAUUCAAUCGGAAACCGCCAACGGCAGAAAUGUAGCAGUAAUUAAAUCAAGCAAGGAUACAAGAUAUGGAUUAGACUCAAUUGUUACACAUGAUGGUGCAAAAUUACCAUGUUGGGCUCUGGCAAACUUAUCAUUAUUCAAGCAGAAGUUUGGAAUUGAUGCUUAUGAGAAGCUGGAUGUGAUUGGUAUUGAUGAAGCUCAAUUCUUCGAUGACCUUUAUGAAUUCUGCCGUCAAGCUGCUGAUCAUGAUGGAAAAACAGUAAUAGUUUCGGGAUUAGAUGGUAACUAUUUGAGGAGGAGCUUUGGUUCUGUUCUUGAUAUAAUUCCCCUUGCUGAUUCUGUAACCAAGUUAAGUGCUACAUGUGAAAUCUGUAGAAAGCGUGCUUCCUUUACCCUGAGGAAGACACAGGAUAAACAGAUUGAAUUGAUUGGUGGAGUUGAUGUCUACAUGCCAGUGUGUCGGCAGCACUAUGUCAGUGGACAGGUAGCCAUGGAAGCGGCAAGGCAUGUCCUUGAAUCUCACAAGCUUGAAUGUGGCUCCCAUACAUAA